AUGGAAGACGAUCCCCCUGAUUACUUACCAACAGAACUGCCUUCAAUUGGCAUCUUUCAGAACCCGACAAUUACACAGGUACAGGAUGACGGCCAAUACAAAUCUUGGAUAUGCUUGUAUCCUAUUUACUUUGACUCGACUAAAUCGGUGCAACAGGGCCGCAAAGUGGUUCGAGAACGCGCAGUUCCCAAUCCUCUCGCACAGAAUAUUGCGGAGGCUGUAAAAGAAUUAGGACUUUCUGUUUUAUUCGAGCCUCAAAAGACACAUCCCAGAGAUUGGGGAAAUCCGGGACGCGUACGCGUAUCAUUAAAAAAUCAAAAUAUUCCUAUCAAUCCAUCAAUUCCCACGCGUAAAGAGUUGAUGAAAAAGGUUUCAGCGUUAUUAUCGGUAAUUCAAGAGAACAGUAAAUUAUCAUUCCCACCGAAAAAUUCGCCCGCCGUAUCAUCAGGUUUGCUUAAAGACAGUGGUGGAUCAUCCACUGGCUCAAGUUCAGUUAACGCUGCUAGUAGUAGCAGUGCUGCCGCCGCUGCUGCUAGCGGUGGGGCAUCACAAAGUUCAUCGAAUACCACUCAGGCUCAAAAGAAAAAAGGAAGAAAAGGCAGACGAUGA